AUGUCGCAAUCGCUCCGGCCGUAUCUCCACGUUCGGUCGUCUUUGACCGCCGCGCUUACGAUCUCCAACUUCGCUUCGCAGGCAUCGGAACGGCACAACACCCCACAAGUGGAAGCCCGCGACAGUCCCGAAUUGCUUCUGAACCCGUUGCACAUUAGCAGAAAUGAAAACGAGAAGGUUUUCAUUGAACCCUCCCGAAAUUCCGUUCGAGUCUCCAUCCGCAUCAAGCAGGCAGAUGAGAUCGAGCACAUCCUGGUCCACAAAUUCACUCGCUUCCUCACCCAGCGAGCGGAAUCAUUCUUCAUCCUGCGCAGGAAGCCGGUUGAGGGCUUCGAUAUCUCCUUCCUCAUUACGAACUUCCACACCGAAAAGAUGCUGACCCACAAGCUUAUCGAUUUCGUGAUCGAAUUCAUGGAGGAGGUCGACAAGGAGAUCUCGGAGAUGAAGCUCUUCUUGAAUGCCCGUGCUCGAUUCGUCGCCGAGUCUUUCCUGACACCGUUCGAUUAA